CAAGAGGAAUAACUCCGCGGACUCGUGUCCGCUCCCCAACACACUGUCUUGGACUUCUCCGCGGCGCUGAGGGUCAUCUCUUCUUGAUUCUAUUGGCUCAUCUCAGCCGAUCAGCUGUGCCCCCAAACGAACAGACCCAUCUCACUGCUUGAGGCCCUGGGCCAAUAUGGAACCCUCCUCGGGUCCUCGGCCUACCCUGCAGCCGCCUCAAGGCGCUGGCGAUUCCUCCUUGAAGAAAUCGAGAUCUCGAGCCGAUCCUACAAAUCAGAAACGACGGUGCGUCAGUACGGCAUGUAUUGCCUGUAGGAAGAGGAAGUCCAAGUGUGACGGGGCCCUGCCGAGCUGUGCGGCGUGUAGAUCCGUCUACAAUACCGAUUGUAUCUACGAUCCAAACUCAGACCACCGUCGCAAGGGGGUCUAUCGUGAGAGAGUCGACAGCACCAGGGCCAAAAAUUCAACACUGCAGGUUCUCAUCGAGGCCAUUCUCAACGCGAACGAGGACGAUGUCCCCGAGAUCGUACGGAGGAUACGCACCUGUGAUAGUCUCGACGCCGUCGCCGAUGCCAUCUCGAAGGAGGAUUGGACCGCCAGAGGAGACGAUGCCGAUAAUGAUCUCGCUGAGGUUCACCUCGCUGACGGACCCAUGGAUGGGGAAAGGGAUCUAGCGAGCAAGAUGGGAGAGCUGAGGAUGAGGAACGGAGUGGUUCGGUACAUCGGCGGCACCUCACAUCUCAUCUACCAGGGAGAAGAACACGAAGCAGCAGCGGAGUCGGACUCACCAGACCUCCAGCUGGAUGAAGACCCCUUCACCAGCUGGUCAGAAGUCACCAAGGACAAGGACCUGGUGACACACCUCCUCAACAUGUACUGGAGUUGGCACUAUCCUUACUUCACAACCCUUUCGAAGAAGCUGUUCUGGCAGGAUUUCCUCAAGGGCAGGCCAGCAAAGGCGCCGAGGAUCUCUGUGUACUGCUCCUCCCCGCUGGUCAAUGCCAUGCUUGCGCUCGGCUGUCAUUUCACAGAUGCAUCGGGCGCGUGCGCGGUUUCUGGGGACAGUCGCACGAAGGGUGAUCACUUCUUUGCCGAGGCCAAGAGGCUGGUCUUUGACAACGACGAGUACACGGUCCCCUCUCUCACUACGACCCAGGCGCUCGCCCUCAUGUCUGUCCGCGAGGCAGGCUGCGGGCGGGAGGCAAGGGGUUGGGCCUACAGCGGCAUGAGUUUCCGGAUGGCCCAGGACGUCGGCCUGAACAUGGAGCCUGAGGCCAUCGCGGGGGAAACGAGACGCAUGAGCGAGGACGAAGUAGACGCCAGGAAGAUCACGUUCUGGGGCUGCUUUCUCUUCGACAAGACCUGGUCCAACUACCUGGGCCGUCUACCCCAGCUACCCAAAAACUCUUACAACGUAUCGAAAUUUGAGGUAUACCCAGAUGAGGACGGUGAAUCCUGGAUCCCAUACACGGACAGAGGCUUUGACGAGAAAUCGAGGCAGCCUGCCCGCACCCGAGCUAUCGGCCUCCAGCUCUCCAAGCUCUGCGAGAUCAGCAGUGAUCUGUUACUGUUCUUCUACCACCCGAAGCAUAUCGGCAGGUCGAAUGGAAAGUCGGUCGAGCUCAAGAAGCUCAGCGAGCUGCACAGACAGCUCGAGGACUGGCGCAAGGGGCUCCCGAGGGAGUUCGAGCCCAGGGAAGGCCAGCUGCCGAAUGCGAUCCUCAUGCACAUGUUCUAUCACCUACAAUAUAUCCAUUUGUUUCGCCCGUUUCUCAAGUACAAUCCUUCGGCGUCGCCACUACCGGCGCAUGUGUCACCGCGACGUAUCUGUACGGCGAAUGCAGGGUUCAUAUCGAAGUUGAUGAGGCUGUACAAGAAGCAGUACAAUCUACGGCAGAUCUGCAACAUAGCUGUGUACAUGCUGCACUCGGCCUGCACCAUUCAUCUCCUCAACUUGCCCGAGAAGAGCGCGAGGCGUGACAUCACCCAUGGCGUAAAACACCUCGAGGAGAUGGCCGAGGACUGGCUCUGUUCCAGGCGAACCCUGAGUAUACUCAGUGUCCUGGCCAGGAAAUGGAAUUGCGAGCUCCCGGAGGAGGCAGCCGUGGUGCUGAAGCGGACGGACCAAAAGUACGGCCAUCUAGUCAUGGCGGAUGUGCCCUCACCGAUCACGUACAAGGUGUCGUCCUUCCCAGCCUCGCCACCAUCAGCUCCUCAAUCCCCAAACCAGCUACAACCACCACAAGGCCACGAGGGGGCUGGUAUUGCGGAGGCCAUGCAGCAAGACAUGGCAGCCGGCUUACUCCGAGAGCCAGCGACAACCAUGUCGUCAUCCGAGUUCCUACCGAGUCUAGGCUCGAUACCUUCUCCUGUGACCGUCCAACCGCUGAGAAUACCAAACACCACGGCGGCCGACCCGUCCACCACGACUAUGUCUUUUGCUCCCAAUGACAACAACCCCUCCUGGGCUAUGCCCGGCUUCAGCCAACCCGGUCUACCACGCUAUUUCCAGGCUUAUGCACCAGUCCAGCAGUCCACUGGUAGCGGUGCCCCGUCGACGUCUUCGAGUUCUCACCAACGGUCCCCCGAAACCCCCUAUACGGUGGACGCAAAGGACUGGUACCUCAAGGACGGUGUUAAUUGGCAACAAAACUUUGAGAGCUGGGGCCUUGGUGCAAACUCCCUCGUUGCCGGCAGUGGGAAUGAUGCUGGACUCAGCGUCGGCGGCUUAACUGGAGGAGAUUUGUUCAUGUUCAGAGGCCUGCAAGGCUCGGACCCGGACACGGGGGAUGGCUGGGAUUUUGACAGUUCCAUGACGAACCUGGACAUGAUAGGCGGGCUGGAGUGAUAUUCGAUGGCUGAUAAAAUUUUCUUUCACUACGGGGGCGGGCAUUACAUAGUGUUGAGUGUUUAAAAUCUUGUGUUCAGAUCAGCAGCGCUCGGUGUUGGUGUCUUUGUCUAAUUUGCAGAUAUUUUGUUGCAAGUGCGAUCAAUAUAUUCGAUGGGACCAAAGCUGUUUGAUGUGGAACACGCACCUUGUUCAUUUCCUAUGCAGAACAGGAAAAGCAAACGAAAGAGAAAAGAAGAAAAGAAGACGAAAAAACCAAUACAGCACCACAGCUCCUACGCCAUAAAUAGCCGUCACUCGUCGCCCCCCUCACCUCUCUCUCUCUCCCCUCUUUCCUCUCCUCCUUCCAGCUCCGUCAACUCCCUUCUAAAGACCUCGGCCUCAGCCUCCAUCUCCUCCAACGACCUCGCCACCCUCGCGCUGUCCUCAAUCCUGUCAAACUGCCCGCCCGGCUCCGGCCGCCUGCUGAACCCCCCUUCCUUGUCCUCCGUGGCUGCCGUCUCCCGCGCCCGGUCCCGGUCCCACAGCGCCCCGCCCACGUUGCCCUCUUCCCCCGCCAUUUUUUCGUAGAUCUCGUCGCCCCCGCUGCUGCUGCCGGCGGCGGCGGGAAGGCGGGGUAUGAUGUGAACGUGGACGUGGGGCACGGUCUGGCCUGCCUCGGGACCGUCCUGGAGGGCAACGUUGAAGGAUCCGCGGCUGAUGUAGUCUUGUUGUUGUUGGUCAACGUCCUCUCCCUUGCCCUCAUUUCUUUUUAUUCUCGAGGACCCCGCUCCUCCUUCCCCUUCUCCUGCUCCUGCUGCAUCGGCUCCAGAUCCAGACGGAGAGGACUGGGGGCUUGCGGUGGCGGGGGG